GCCUGGCCGCUCCGGGCGUGGGACCUGCAGGUGCGCGCUCUGCAAGCUCUAGAUUCCGCGCACUCUGACGCGCCGCGCCGUUGGGAAAGCACGACAGGCUUGGCUCUCCACCCAAGGGCACCGCACGUCCAGCACCCGGCCAUGUCGUCCUGCGCCCGCGUGGCGCUGGUCACCGGAGCCAACAAGGGCAUCGGCUUCGCCAUCGUGCGUGACCUCUGCCGGCAGUUCACGGGGGACGUGGUGCUCACGGCGCGGGACACAGCACGGGGUCAGGCGGCCGUGCAGCAGCUGCAGGCCGAGGGCCUGAGCCCGCGCUUCCACCAGCUGGACAUCGACGACCUGCAGAGCAUCCGCGCCCUGCGCGACUUCCUGCGCAAGGAGUACGGGGGCCUCGACGUGCUGGUCAACAACGCGGGCAUCGCCUUCAAGACUGUUGAUUCCACACCGUUUCAUAUUCAAGCAGAAGUGACUAUGAAAACAAACUUCUUUGGUACCCAAGCUGUGUGCACAGAGCUCCUGCCUCUAAUAAAACCCCAAGGCAGAGUGGUGAACGUGUCUAGCUUUGUGAGUGUCAGCUCUCUUAAAAAAUGCAGCCCCGAACUGCAGCAGAAGUUUCGAAGUGAGACCAUCACGGAGGAGGAGCUGGUGGGGCUCAUGAACAAGUUUGUGGAAGACACAAAGAAGGGGGUCCACAGGAAGGAGGGCUGGCCGGAGACCGCAUAUGGGGUGACGAAAAUCGGCGUCACAGUCCUGUCCAGAAUCCAAGCCAGGAAACUGAGUGAGCAGAGAGGAGGGGACAAGAUCCUCCUGAAUGCCUGCUGCCCAGGGUGGGUGAGAACUGACAUGGCGGGACCCAGAGCCACCAAAAGCCCAGAAGAAGGAGCAGAGACCCCCGUGUACUUGGCCCUUUUGCCCUCGGACGCUGAGGGGCCUCACGGACAGUUUGUUUCUGAGAAAAAAGUUGUGCAGUGGUGAGCUCACUCACAGCUCCACCCAUGGGCCCAAUUAUGUUCCUGUCCCAAUUUCACGGAAAGGACACUUACACUGUCAAAAAUACCCCUAUGCAAAAAAAAAAAAGAAGAAGAAGAAAAAAAAAGAAUCAAAAUAUCCCUAUCAAGUCCUCACUGGGAAAUGGCUACUAAUUCUGUGAAGCCGUUUGUGUUUCCUUCUGUGAUCCCAGGGGAGGAAAAGUGGGAUGGAUGACAAAUAAUAAAUAAAAGUCAAUAGAUGAA